CUCUUCGGACCCCCGGGAAGCCGCGAGUUUCCGCAGGGAGGCGACGGCUGGAGUGGCGGCCGGGUCGGUCUGCAAUCUGUGCUCAGAGUCAACACAACUCGUAGUGAAAGUGAUGCCUUUUCUCCAUUUGCACAAAAUGAGCGUGAGGUGGUUAGCCAGACCAGGAGCUCAACCUCACAUACAGUCCAGCCUACUGCUCUGAUGCCGAAGGGGAGGCAGAAAGUGCCAUACUUGGAUGCCCCCCUGGGCCUGUCCACCUGCCUCUGGCUGGAAUUAGCCGGGCUCUUCUUACUCGUUCCCUGGGUCAUGGGCCUGGCAGGGACAGGUGGGCCUGUGGCCCAGGGCCCAGGGGGGCUAAGCUGGGCUGUGCAUCUGGACAGCCGGGAAGGCAGCAGGGAAGAAGAGACUCUGGAGCAAGAGGCAGAUGCCUUGGCCCAGGCAGCGGGACUGGUGAAUGCUGGACGCAUCGGGGAGCUUCAGGGCCAUUACCUCUUUGUCCAGCCAGCUGGGCACCAGCUGGACCAGCAGGUGGAGGCCAUCCGGCAGCAGGCAGAGGCAGUGCUAGCCAGGCAUGACGCUGUGCGCUGGCACUCAGAGCAGAAGCUGUUAAAGCGAGCCAAACGCAGUGUCCACUUCAAUGACCCCAAGUUCCCACAGCAGUGGCACUUGAAUAACCGGCAGAGCCCCGGCAGGGACAUCAAUGUGACAGGUGUAUGGGAACGCAAUGUAACGGGGCGAGGGGUGACUGUGGUGGUAGUGGAUGAUGGAGUGGAACACACCAUCCAGGAUAUUGCACCGAACUACAGCCCUGAGGGCAGCUAUGACCUCAACUCUAAUGACCCUGACCCCAUGCCCCACCCAGAUGUGGAGAAUGGCAACCACCACGGCACUCGGUGUGCGGGAGAGAUUGCCGCAGUGCCUAACAACAGCUUCUGUGCAGUGGGAGUGGCAUACGGGAGCCGCAUAGCAGGUAUCCGGUUACUAGAUGGACCCCUCACAGAUAGCAUGGAGGCCGUGGCGUUCAACAAGCACUAUCAGAUCAAUGACAUCUACAGUUGCAGCUGGGGACCAGAUGAUGAUGGGAAGACAGUGGAUGGCCCCCAUCAACUUGGAAAGGCUGCCUUGCAACAUGGGGUGAUUGCUGGCCGCCAGGGCUUUGGGAGCAUCUUUGUGGUCGCCAGUGGCAAUGGGGGCCAGCACAACGACAACUGCAACUAUGACGGCUACGCCAACUCAAUCUACACCGUCACCAUAGGUGCAGUAGAUGAGGAGGGACGGAUGCCUUUCUAUGCAGAGGAGUGUGCCUCUAUGCUGGCGGUCACCUUCAGUGGUGGGGACAAAAUGCUCCGGAGCAUUGUGACCACUGACUGGGAUCUGCAGAAGGGCACUGGCUGCACUGAGGGCCACACAGGGACCUCAGCCGCAGCCCCUCUGGCAGCUGGCAUGAUAGCCCUCAUGCUGCAGGUGCGGCCCUGCCUCACGUGGCGUGAUGUCCAGCACAUUAUUGUCUUCACAGCCACCCAGUAUGAGGAUCGCCGCGCAGAUUGGGUCACCAAUGAGGCAGGCUUCAGCCACAGCCACCAGCAUGGAUUCGGCUUGCUCAAUGCUUGGAGACUCGUUAAUGCAGCCAAGAUCUGGACAUCUGUCCCUUACUUAGCUUCCUACGUCAGCCCCAUGUUAAAAGAGAACAAGGCUAUCCCGCUGUCCCCGCACUCGCUGGAAGUGCUGUGGAAUGUCAGCAGGAUGGACCUGGAGAUGUCGGGGCUGAAGACCCUGGAGCAUGUGGCAGUGACAGUCUCCAUCACUCAUCCACGACGUGGCAACUUAGAACUGAAACUCCUUUGCCCCAGCGGCAUGAUGUCCCUUAUCGGUCCCCCUCGCAGCAUGGAUUCGGAUCCCAACGGCUUUGACGACUGGACCUUCUCCACUGUGCGAUGCUGGGGGGAAAGGGCAAGAGGGUCUUACAGACUCAUUGUCAGGGAUGUAGGAGAUGAGACACUCCCGGCUGGCACCCUCCGGCAGUGGCAGCUGACCCUGUAUGGCUCUGUGUGGAGUGCAGUAGACAUCAGAGAGAGACAAAGACUAUUAGAAGGUGCCAUGAGUGGACAAUACCUGCAUGAUGGCUUCACUCUGCCCUGCCCUCCAGGGCUGAAAAUUCCCGAGGAAGAUGGUUACACCAUUACCCCUAACACCCUCAAGACCCUGGUGCUGGUCGGCUGUUUUACUGUCUUCUGGACUGUUUACUAUAUGCUGGAAGUAUACCUGAGCCAGAGGAACAUGGCCUCUCACCCAGUUUGUAGGAGUGAACCCUGCCGCUGGCCCCAGAGAAGCCGAAAAGCCAGGGAGGAGGGGACAGAGCUAGAAUCAGUGCCACUUUGCAACAGCAAGGAUCCAGAUGGAGUGGAAACAGAGCGUGGAGGCCCAUCCCCAGCCUCUGGUCUCCUUGCCCCAGACCUGCUGGAUCAAGGGGACUGGAGCCUGUCGCAACACAGGAGUGCCCUGGACUGCCCUCAUCAGCAUAUGUCUCUAGACCUGCUGCAGGGGAAGGAGGAGCAGGUUUGCUGACCCAGGGCCUGACAGGCUCAACAUGGGACAGGCUCAACAUGAGACAGGCUCUUCCUUCCCCCGUUUGGGGAAGCUUGGAAAGCUGCUCCGAAGUCCCAGAAGCCCCAGGGAGAAGGCAUUCCUGAUGCUUACCUCGGAAAUCCAAAGGCUAAAGAGCACCCUCUGACUGCUCAGGGAGGGCCAGGGCUUUCUGAAGGUACAAGUGGCGGGGAAUGGUGCCAGAGAACAGUGUGGCAACAGCCCAGGAUCUUCCUCUAACCGAACAGGGGCUUAAGGUGAAAAGGCCUUAGACAAGGGAUCGUUCCCUGUCCCCUAUUGGGCAGGCCUCUCUCCUCAUUUCUCCUGGGCAAGUUCGUGGUAUGGGCCAUAGAUGCACGGUGAGAAGGUGCCUGUCACGGCCAGAAGAGCAUCUCAGCAGAAACAUUGCUGGAGUCACAUGGGAAGAGGGCUCAGAAGUGAUGGCCGGGAAGAGCCCCUGGAUAUGCCUGUCCCAAUGACCCAGGACCUGGGAACAGCAGACUUUUCCUCUCCCUAACCUUCCUGCCUAAGCCUUGGACCUUGGACAUACUGGUAUGGCAGUCGGCCCUCAGCCCAGCACACUGCCCUAAAAGCAGCUGCCUCCGUUAUUCCUCAUCAGAAGCCAACUAGGAACAUACCCCUGACUCCUUCACCAUCACCCCUACCCUUCAUCCUGAAGGAUCAGUAUGAUGCUCCUGGCAAAGCUGGGGGUGGGCAUGGCCCCCAGGGAUGCUGCUUCACUAGGGGAGUCUGCACAGGACUGUGACAGGUGCCCACCACUGCCACCCCCAGCCCUGUGACCACCCUAUCUUCCUCUGAAAAGUGCUCAGGGAAAUGGCCUUACCCACCAGAGGCCAGCUGUCUGCCUGACAGGCUGUGACUCUCCUUUCCAUUCUUGGCCUCCUCCCGUCUUCUGAGCUGCUUUGUUGAUUUGAAUUG